AGGACCUGGGAGCCGCUUCUACUUCCGCCGGGGCCUGGUGUCCACUGUUGUGUUGCAGUCAUGUCGGCUGCGAUUGCAUCUCUGGCUGCUUCGUAUGGUUCGGGUUCGGGGUCCGAGUCUGACUCGGACAGUGAGGGCGGACGGUGUCCGCUGCCAACCGCUGACUCCCUCAUGCACUUGACUAAAUCGCCUUCUGACAAGCCCUCUCUGGCAGUGGCGGUGGACUCGGCUCCGGAGGUGGCAGUUAAGGAAGAUUUGGAGACCGGAGUUCACCUUGACCCUGCUGUCAAAGAGGUUCAAUAUAAUCCUACUUAUGAGACCAUGUUUGCUCCUGAGUUUGGACCAGAAAAUCCCUUUAGGACACAGCAAAUGGCUGCCCCUAGAAAUAUGCUUUCUGGAUAUGCUGAACCAGCUCAUAUCAAUGAUUUUAUGUUUGAACAGCAAAGAAGAACUUUUGCCACAUAUGGUUAUGCGUUGGACCCUUCAUUAGAUAAUCAAGUGACUACUAAGUAUAUUGGUUCUGUAGAAGAAGCUGAGAAAAAUCAAGGUUUAACUGUGUUUGAGACUGGUCAGAAGAAAACAGAAAAGAGAAAAAAGUUCAAAGAAAAUGAUGCAUCUAAUAUUGAUGGUUUCCUGGGACCAUGGGCAAAAUAUGUGGAUGAAAAAGAUGUAGCCAAACCUUCCGAAGAAGAACAAAAAGAAUUGGAUGAAAUCACAGCAAAGAGGCAGAAAAAAGGCAAACUGGAAGAAGAGAAACCUGGGGAGGAAAAGACAAUCUUACAUGUUAAAGAAAUGUAUGACUACCAAGGCCGGUCUUACCUGCACAUACCCCAGGAUGUUGGUGUUAAUCUGCGGUCAACCGUGCCACCUGAGAAAUGUUAUCUUCCUAAAAAACAAAUUCACGUGUGGUCUGGACACACAAAGGGCGUCAGUGCGGUCAGGCUGUUCCCUCUUUCCGGCCAUUUACUGCUGUCUUGUUCCAUGGACUGUAAAAUUAAGCUGUGGGAAGUUUAUGGAGACAGGCGUUGUUUGCGAACAUUUAUUGGUCACAGUAAAGCUGUCAGGGACAUCUGCUUUAAUACUGCAGGAACGCAGUUCCUCAGCGCAGCUUACGACAGGUAUCUUAAGCUCUGGGACACUGAAACAGGACAGUGUAUAUCAAGAUUCACAAACCGAAAAGUACCCUAUUGUGUCAAAUUUAAUCCUGAUGAAGAUAAGCAAAAUCUCUUUGUGGCCGGGAUGUCUGAUAAAAAGAUUGUACAAUGGGAUAUUCGCAGUGGAGAAAUUGUGCAGGAAUAUGACCGGCACUUGGGAGCUGUCAACACCAUUGUUUUUGUUGAUGAGAACAGGAGAUUUGUGAGCACAUCUGAUGAUAAGAGCCUCAGAGUUUGGGAAUGGGACAUCCCUGUGGAUUUCAAGUAUAUAGCAGAACCCAGUAUGCACUCUAUGCCUGCAGUGACUUUGUCUCCAAACGGGAAAUGGCUAGCAUGCCAAUCAAUGGACAACCAAAUCUUAAUUUUUGGAGCACAAAACAGAUUUAGAUUAAAUAAGAAAAAAAUUUUUAAGGGCCAUAUGGUAGCAGGCUAUGCUUGUCAGGUGGACUUUUCACCAGACAUGAGCUAUGUGAUUUCAGGAGAUGGAAAUGGAAAAUUAAACAUCUGGGACUGGAAGACCACAAAACUCUACAGUCGGUUUAAAGCUCAUGACAAAGUGUGCAUAGGUGCCGUGUGGCACCCUCAUGAGACAUCUAAAGUCAUAACCUGCGGUUGGGAUGGCCUCAUUAAACUGUGGGAUUGAUGAGACUAGUCCUUAAACUCUCUGGAUUAUUUUGGAUCCAAUACCAUGUUUAACUAUGUCAUUUUAAAUGUGUGGGAUGAUAACUUUAUUUACAGAUGUCAUUUCCUUACAUGGCCUUAUAAAGUUGAUAUACAUUGUUUUUUAAAAAAAAAAACUUUGUAAAUUUGGCUCAUAUAAUUUUGUUGGCAACUUUAAAUUGUUCUUUAUAGAUACUAUUUAUACAGAGAAUGACCAUCAAUUUUGUAUUUGACAAGGCAGUUUGGGCUUACCCCCAAGACAUACGGAAGGAUCCCUUUGGAGUCAGAAAAGAAUCCCUCAUGAAUUGGGGGUUCUAAGGGAUGUAAUAAUGACAUCCCUUAGAAUAAUGGGUUACUACCCAGAAAGAUACCCUGUACUCACCUCUUCAACCAGAAGAGAAGUGAGGGACAGGGACGACCGAGUUUAACGUGACUCUGGGAGGAGGAUAAAACCACCCAUGACGACUAUUUCCAUUAUUUCCAGUGCGUCGAGUUCUGGUGUUUUGGAUUCAGGGGUUCCUCUAUUUUUGUGGCAAAUGUGGUGUAUUUUUCAUUGUAAGCCAGCAGUCUCCUCUGACUGCAGCAUUCCUCUAAUUAUUAAACAAUGUAAAAUACAAAUCAACCCAGAGUUCUUUCCUUGACUUUCUUCCCAAUCUGUCUAUAAUGAGAGAAUUAUGUAAUUUUUGAAGAUGAAACUCAAGAGAAUGAGUCAAAACUUUGAGUUUUAUUUUUAUUUACUGUCAGUAAGAACCUGGCAGUACUCUCAGAAAUCAGGGUCUCUUUGGGCAUUGCUUCACAGAUGUUACUACUGAAAUACUCCUCAGUGGAGAUAGGGCAAAGAACAAAAUAUCAGCCUGUAACUUCUUUAAAAGUAUUCUGAUUGGGCUUGUGAAUAUAUUUGACAAAACUUUUAAGAUUGGAAAAGUUUUCGACUUCUUUCUAAAUCUUUGAGUAAAAUUGACAAUCCAGGAAAAUGGCUAGGGUUCCCCAGUUUGAGAAGCAGUGGCUGUAAAAAAGUUUAAAAACUUAAGAUUGUGAAAUCAAGAUAGCCUCUUGAAUGUAGUAGUUAAUAGCACUUUAGUUCGGCAAACCAUUACCUCCAGCUUUAUCACAGAUCUAUAUCAGGUGUGUGAACAUGGUUUGCAAGGUUUCCACAGUACCGUGCUAAAAACGGCCGGCUCACAGCUGCUCAGAGCGCGGCGUGGGGGCCAGAGUCACCCUGGGUGUCAACGUCCUGGAGGCAUUAGCUCCGAGCCCUGUGCUGUCACCAGCAGCUCAUGCUGCUUUCCUUCAGAACACCCGUUUUAAAAAAUUAAAAUUAAAAAAGCCUGGUAUAGAUGACCAGGUGCUAUAGCCACACGAAAAAACUUGAAGA